UCGGAGACUCCUUCUCAGUCAGCUACACAGCCUCGCUGGAGGCCGGGGACCUUGGGCGUGGAGAGGUCCUGGUGCUGCCGGCCCUGCUCACCUUCCAGAGCGCCUCCGCGAACAGAACACAGCUGAAAGCCCUGCUCACCAUCACAGCAGAGGAAGCAGUAACGGUUCUACCAAACCAUGGCCUUCACGCAGCCGGGUUCUUCAUGGCCUUCAUCGUCUCCCUUGUGCUGACCUGGGUCACACUUUUCUUCAUGGUUCGCUAUCAGUGUUUCAAGAGAAGCAUGUUCACCAGAUAUCAG